UUUUACAAGUAGGGGUUAAGCUAAAUUGAUGCAAAUACAAACACGCACCAGCCAGCCACACUUUUUCUAAAAUCUUUCAUCAUUUAUUUUUUUGUCAUUUCAGAGGUUAUCAUAAUUUGUGUGUGUGUGUUCUGUGCACGUACGUGUGCGUGUGUGUGUGUGUUUGUGUGCAAGCAUCCAGCUCGGAAGCAGCGCAGGGUUGCGCCCACCAAGCAGGUGAAAAGGUUAUUGAUCUUGAAAUGGCGUCCCACAUGUUCACCGCAGCCUGCCUUCUCCUUGCAAGAAUCACAGUAACGCACCAAAGUACUCACAUGAGCUCAUUGUACACGUUUCUGUUCCCCCCACGCGGCCCUCAGAUGUUUCCGUGUCUCACGUACUUGGAGAGGAACGUCAGGGUCGACUGUGAGUUCCCGCCAACCAACGAGAUCCCGGGCCCCUACUGUGAGUAUCGUCAGGACAGCAGGCUGGUGGGCAGCACCUACCCCAACUUCGUCAUCUACGUGUCCAUCGAGGACCGCAGGAGGAGCAACGUCAGCCUGGCCGCCCCCAAUCUCUGCCGCCUCAUCUGGGCGCCGUUGGCCGACGAGAAACCUUACACGUACACGUGCAGAGUGUACCAGGGAGGGAGCUGGAAGGAGAACAGCAUGGCCGUGCAUCACCGGAUUCUUCCCAUCUGCUCUGCGAUCGGCGUCACACUGCACUCGGCUCUGUUGCUUUCGUCACAGAUGAUGUCACUUCCUGUGGCAGUGGGUCUCCUGAGUCCUUGAGCUCCUCCUCAAGACACAGUGGACCUUUCGAAACAUGGUUUGCAACUCACGUUGGAGGAUAUACUCAAUUUGAAAUGAGUGAUUCAGAAAGAUUCCAAACACAUCACAGGGGCCUUCUCUAAGCACCUUUUUCAGUUCACCCUCAUUAAGAAACAGAUUUGUUUCAAAGACCAAAUAAUGAUUUUUUUCAAUAAAUGUGCCCCAUUCCUCAAAAUGUCUGCAAACAUCAUUUAUAGCAAUCAUAAUCUUUGCUAUUUAUCGGCUUUCUGGACACAUUCUUAGGCACAAUUUCACAACUCAAUGUGUUCCAACCCAGUUUCACCGCGCAGGUAAUCAACAUACCGUAUUAGAAGCUGCUCUCAGUGUAUUACGCUGCAAACUGCAACCACAAUAAUAAACAUUGUCAAAUUAAAUCCUCUUCAAAAGUGCAUAUCAUUCCAUUUGUAAAGGCAAAAUGUACAAAAUAGCUCAGUAGUUCUCACAUUAUUUUUUUUUACAAUUUACCACCUGAGAGAACACUUGUGUCUCCAUGUACCACCAUUAUGGCCGACAUUAAAAAUACAGUAAAUGCUAGGUUAAGGCCUAAAUGCUCUUUAAAAACAAGGCAGAGGUUUUAUUCAAAGGGGAACAUUAUCACCAGACCUAUGUAAGCGUCAAUAUAUACCUUGAUGUUGCAGAAAAAAGACCAUAUAUUUUUAAAACCGAUUUCUGAACUCUAAAUGGGUGAAUUUUGGCUAAUUAAACGCCUUUCUAUUAUUCGCUCUCAGAGCAAUAACGUCACAAUGUGACGUCACAUAGGUAGUCAAUACACCUUUUUCUCAAACAUAUUACAAACAACAAGUCAAAUCAGCUCUGUUAUUUUCCGUUUUUUCGACUGUUUUUUCCGUAUCUUGGAGACAUCAUGCCUCGUCGGUUUGUUGUCGGAGGGUGUAACAACACGAUCAGGGACGGAUUCAAGUUGAUUUACGUGGAGUUUGCAUCGAUUAGCACGACAUGCUAAUUGAGGCUAACAUGCUAUUUAGGCUAGCUGUAUGUACAUUUGUAGCUAUAUUUGCAUCCAGCCUUUCCCUCCACCCAGAUUUAAUGCCAAACAAACACUUACCAAUCGAUGGAUUUAAGUUGCUCCAGUGUCAAAAGAUGCGAAAGUCCCUCGUUUGGUCUGCACAUUUUACCGACGAUGCUAAGACAGACAUGGCACAGAGAUGUAUGGAUAUCCUGCGACACUCAAUAGUUAGUUAGAAGGCGAUUGCCGAAUAGCUUCAAUAGCUAUUCGCUCAAUAGCUUCAGUUUCUUCUUCAAUUUCGUUUUCGGUAUCUGCCUCCACACUCCAACCAUCUGUUUCAAUACAUCCGUAAUCUGUUGAAUCGCUUAAGCCGCUGAAAUCCGAGUUUAAAUCCGAGCUAAUGUCGCUAUAUCUUGCUGUGCUAUCCGCCAUGUUGGCAUCACUAGAUGACGUCACAGGAAAAUGGACGGUGGAUUUACAGAUAGCGAAAAUCAGGCACUUUAAAGCCUUUUUUCAGGAUAUUCCAUGAUGGGGUAAAAUUUGGAAAAAAACUUCUAAAAAUAAAAUAAGCCACUGGGAACUGAUUUUUAUUGGUUUUAACCCUUCUGAAAUUGUGAUAAUGUUCCCCUUUAACAAUUAUUUUCAAUAUAUUGGCCACAUUUGCAAACAGCUAAAAUUAUACACAAAGCAAACUAUAACCUGCUACCCAAGAAUGUACAACACUUCUUCUCAACAAAAGAGGCGAAAUAUACCCUUGGAAGAAAAUGUAAUUUAAAACAUGUGUUUGCGCGUAAAACACUUAACACUUUUAGUAUAUCAGUAUGCGAAAUUAAUUUAUGGAACGGAUUAACCAAAGAAAUCAAACAAAGCACCGAUAUGAUUCAGUUUAAGAGACUGUUCAAACUACAAGUGUUCACAACGUACACAGAAGGAAAAUAAUGAUGAACAUCUUGAACCCUUUUUCCCCCCUUUUUUUUUAUUGAGACAUGGAUUAUUUAUGUAUUUAAAAUGUGUAUGUUUACUAUGGUACGUUAUUUAUAUAUUAUUUAUCUGUUCACUGUUCUGUUACAGAGAACAAAGAAAUUGGAUACAAUUGUUAUGGUAUGAAAAGGGGUAGGAUUAAAAUUUUGGGCGUUGGCGUAGCGAAUGUCAUAGUAAAACAAGAGCGGUGCUGAUAAGAGGGAGCAGAUGAUACUCAAUGAUUUAAAGAAAUAAAUUAUCGAAAACCAUGACCACGGUGUACCUCCUGUCUUAGCGCUAGCAUGAGCCAUCCAUAAAGGCUAUAAUAACGCCAGCCAAAGGGCGAUGAAAUACUUUUUAAAGGCAUUUAUCAAUUAAACUAUGUAAAAGCUGCUGAUGAUGUAUUUGACGGAGAAGUCCACUCUCCAAGAUAUUAUUGCAUUACUUCAAAAAAGUAUCGUAGUUGUUUACAGCGCCUUCUGAUGUAUACUUGUUGUGUUAUUGUGUUAUGUUUUGCUCGUAUAAAAACAUGACACAUUGUGGAGUUUUUCGAGGGCUUAGAAUAGAUUAAUUUUCAAUCAACAGAACUGAUUGAACAUGUAUGUUGAGGUACCACUGUAUGAAGGGAAGCUCUACUUUAUAUCCCGCCAUCUUCCUGCUUUGAGCACGUAAACUACGCCCCACGUAACACACAUGCAUCAUCUUUGUUUUUUUGUCAGCUAAUAAUAGGGAUUUGGUCAGGUUUAGCUUCUAAUACUGGCUAUCAAUGAAUGUGUAUUCUAUCAUAACCGCAACGAGACUGCAGAGUCAUUUGUGUACGUACACUAGUGAUAUCAUGAGCUAGCCAGUGGUGUUCUUGUCACAUGUUUUGGUUUAAAAAAUGUAGUGUGCAGAAUGCUGGAGCCAGACAAAUAGAUAUAUGCUAAGGAGCGAUUUAAAAUGUGCACUGAGAGUUCAGGCUUGUUCAUAUUUGUCAUAUUGUAUCAACCAGUUGCACGGUCGUUUGUCAUAUAAAGACGAGAUAUAUAUAUUCACAUCAUUUUGGGGGUUUCUUUAUUUAUUUGGGUUAUUCAAGUACAUGGUCAUGUACAAGAUUGGGGAAUGUUGGCACAGGCGAGGCUGGAGUACGGGUAUGCACAUAAAAAGUAAAUCCUAUAUGCUAUCAUUAUUGCAUUACAUUCCUUUCUUAGUAUUUAUAUUUUUUGGCAGAUGUGUGUCAAACCCAUCCAAUGCAUUACAUUAUUACUGUUUUUUCCCCCCAAUGUGUUCAUUCUAUGCCGCUAGUAUUGUUUUCCAGUUUUGAACACAGCUUUUAUUAAAUAAAAAGAUAUGAUAUCACCAAAGGUGUACUAAAUGCUAUAACAUAGCUAUAGCAAUAAAUGUGUAUAUGCACACA